AUAGGUUCGUACUCCAUGAAAACUCCCGUGAAUCUCGAGACCUUCACGACCGGAACCGGCAGCAGCGUGCUUUAAUGGUUUGACAGCUAAGAGGAGAAACGGGAAUAUUACCUAGUCAGUGCUGGUGUAUUUGAUAAUAAAGAAUCAGGCAUGGGCGUACUGUGGAUUUUGUUAGGUGUAUUGGCUUCCCAUUUGACCGCCCUUAAAGCGGAUGAUAUCGUUGUGGGCUGCGGUGGAUUCGUGAAGUCGGAGGUGGAAAUCAAUUACUCACUAAUCGAGAUAAAAUUAUACACAAAGCAAGGCUCCUUGAAGUACCAGACAGACUGUGCUCCAAUCAAUGGCUACUUUAUGAUCCCUCUCUAUGACAAGGGAGACUUUAUCCUGAAGAUUGAACCACCACUUGGGUGGAGCUUUGAGCCUACCAGUGUAGAUCUCCAUGUGGAUGGUCUGAAUGAUAUCUGCACCAAAGGAGAAGACAUUAACUUUGUAUUCACCGGCUUCUCUGUGUUGGGAACGGUGCUGAGUAAAGGGCAGCAGCUGGGUCCGGCUGGGGUGGAGGUGAACCUGCGCAGAGCUGGAGCUGAAUCCAGCCUGCAGACCGUGCUCACACAGCCAGGAGGAAAGUACACCUUCUUUAAAGUUCUGCCAGGAAAUUAUGAUAUCACUGCAACCCAUGCAUCAUGGACUCUGGAGCAGAGCGCAACAGUGGUGCACGUGUCCAAUGCCAACGCCCCUGCCGCAGCGCACCUAGUGGUGGGAGGGUACGACGUGUCCGGGGAGGUGCGCAGCGAUGGAGAGCCCAUGAAAGAGGUCACCUUCCUGCUGUUCUCAGCCACUGUCAAGCAAGAGGAUGUCCAAAGCUGCUGUACCACACUGACGCCCGGCUUUCAACCACCCGAGCCUGUCAUCUGGCUAUUCAUAUGCUUUUUAGUGUGUAACCCAUCCUCCUGUCUCAGUUAUACUUGAUUUGACCUUCUUUUGUUCCAGAUACCUUUCUACCGGGGAGAGAGAAUCACCUUUGACGUUGCCCCAUCACGGAUGGAGUUCAAGGUGGAGCACAACAGCUUAAAACUGGAACCAAUCUUCCGUGUGAUGGGCUUCUCUGUGACCGGCAGGGUGCUCAACAGCCCUGACGGGGAGGGCGUGCCCGAUGCCACGGUAACCCUCAACAACCAGAUCAAGGUGCUGACCAAAGAGGACGGAUCUUUCCGUCUGGAGAACAUGACAGCUGGGACCUACACCAUCCGCACGCACAAGGAGCUCAUGUUCUUUGAGCCGAUCACUGUGAAGAUUGCCCCUAACACGCCUCAGCUGCCUGAUAUCAUCACAGCAGGGUUCAGCGUGUGCGGUCAGAUUUCCAUCACCCGGCUGCCCGAGGGCAUGAAGCAGCAGGGGCGCUACCGCGUGACCCUCACGCCCCGCGGACAGGACAAAGCCGCCGGCCGCGCCACCGACUCCGACCCCCAGGGGGCCUUCUGCUUCCAGGCCAGGCCGGGAGACUACAGCAUCCAGGUCUCCCUCCCGGACGCGGAAGUGAAGGCCGGCCUGGCGCUGCAGCCUCAGUCUCUGGACGUGUCCCUGGUCGACCGGCCCCUGUCCGACGUGCACUUCACGCAGUUCAUGGCCUCCGUGUCGGGAAAGGUCACCUGCUUGGUGGCCUGUGGUGACCUGACGGUGACCCUGCAGUCUGUCAGUCGACAGGGAGAGAGGCGCAGCGUGCAGCUCUUGGAGAAGGCCGAGUCUCUCGCCUUCGCUUUCGACAACGUCCUUCCUGGAAAGUACAAAGUGAGCAUCUCCCAUGAGGAGUGGUGCUGGAAGCACAAGUCGGUGGAGGUGGAGGUGCUGGACGCGGACGUGCCGACUGUGGAGUUCAGACAGACGGGCUACAUGCUGCGCUGCUCCCUCUCCCACGCCAUCACUCUGGAGUUCUUCCAAGACGACAGCAUGCCUGAGAAUGUGGGAAUUUACAACCUCUCUAAGGGAGUAAACCGCUUCUGCCUCUCAAAGCCAGGUGUGUACAAAGUGACCCCACGAUCCUGCCACCAGUUUGAGCAAGAUUAUUACACCUAUGACACCUCCGCCCCCAGCAUCCUCACCCUGACCGCAGUCAGGCACCACAUGACUGGACUCAUCACCACUGACAAGAUCCUGGAUGUCACUGUCACCAUCAAGUCCUCCAUUGAGAGCGAACCGGCCCUGGUCCUGGGGCCCCUGCGGUCCCAGGAGGAGCAGCGGCAGGAGCAGCAGCUGCAGGAGAUCGAGCUGCGCAGGCAGGAGAGGGAGCGGCGGGGAGAGGAGGAGGGCAAGGAGAGCCCCCCGGUGCAGGAGAAAGCAGAGGACCUGCACGGGCCCUUUCACUACGAGUUCUCCUACUGGGCCAGGGCUGGGGAGAAGGUCACCGUCACACCCUCUUCCAAGGAGCUUCUCUUCUACCCCCCUGAAGUGGAGGCCACCAUCACUGGAGAUGGCUGCCCAGGACGGCUGGUGGACAUCGCCGGGCGGGCCGGACUGUUCCUGGAAGGACAGGUGUCCCCUGAACUGGAGGGUGUGGCGAUAUCCAUCAGUGAGAGAGGAGCAGCCACGCCCCUCAUCACUGUGGCCACCAAUGAGAAGGGAGCAUACAGUGUGGGGCCGCUGCACAGUGACCGGGAGUAUGACGUCAGCGCCGGCAAAGAGGGCUUCGUGCUGACACCAGUGGAGGGCACAAAGGGAGACUUCAAGGCCUUCGCCCUGGCAGGAGUCACCUUCGAGAUUAAGGCAGAAGAUGGUCAGCCCCUCUCUGGGGUCCUGCUCUCUCUCAGUGGAGGACAGUUCCGCUCUAACCUGCUCACCCAGGAAUCCGGCCUCCUCACCUUCAACAACCUGAGCCCCGGUCAGUACUACUUCAAGCCCAUGAUGAAGGAGUUCCGCUUUGAGCCUGCCUCUCAGAUGAUCGAGGUGGAAGAAGGCCAGACCCUCAACAUCGCCAUCGCCGGCUACAAGACCGCGUACAGUUGCUACGGCGCUGUGCAGUCUCUGAGCGGCGAUGCGGAGCAGGGCGUGUCCGUGGAGGCGGUGGGCCAGGGCGAGUGCAGCCUGUACAGCGAGGACACUGUGACGGACGAGGAGGGCCGCUUCAGGCUGCGCGGGCUGCUGCCCGGGUGUAAAUAUCUGAUCCAGCUGAGGGCUGAAGGUAACGACCACAUAGAGAGGGCCCUGCCCCAGCACCGAUCUGUGGAGGUGCGGAGCAGUGACAUCGAGGGCGUGAACAUCAUCGCUUUCAGGCAGAUCAAUCAGUUUGACCUGAGUGGAAACGUCAUCACUUCCCCAGAGCACCUUCCCACUCUCUGGGUGAAGCUGUAUAAGAGUGAUAACCUGGACAACCCCAUCAACACCGUGUCCCUGGGCCAGUCGCUGUUCUUCCACUUCACCCCGCUGCUGCGGGACGGGCUGAGCUAUGUGCUGAUGCUGGACUCCACCCUGUCCCGCUCGCAGUACGACUUCUCUCUGCCCCAGAUCUCCUUCACGGCUACAGGAUAUCACAAACAUGUCACUUUGACCUUUAACCCCUCCCGCAAAGUGCCCGACCAGGACGUGGCUCAGGGCUCCUACAUCGCCCUGCCCCUCACGCUGCUCCUGCUCCUGGCUGCUUACAACCACGAGAAGGUCAUCCCCUUCCUGCUGCAGCUGGUGAACCGGGUGCAGGGGGUCCGAGGGCUGUCCCAGGCCGGCGGGGACACCACGGCCCUGGAUGAGGCCAAACGCCAGGCCAAGAGGCAGAAGACCAGGCGCAUCUGAGGAGUCUGAGGAGGACCACAGACUCCUCCCACUUUUCCAGAGUGGGUGGGGACCUGAACGGCGGACGCUCUCACAUUACCUCAUAGGCAGAUGGACUGAUGGGACUGAUAUUGUCAGCUUGGAUUCGAUGCUGGGGCUGGAAUGGUGCCCAGGCGAGAUUGUCGUAAAGUGGCCUCUGUGAGACACUCGCUCCUGUGAGGUGUGCCUCUCGUUUCAGAAGAACAUGUGUUAUACUCUCUGAAGAAUCCAUACUGCCAAUAUGAGGCUUUUCUAAUGCUUUUUUUAUUACUUGAUAUCUGAGCCCUUUUUAACAAGUGUCAAGUGAUGCAGGAAGACGACAAAGAAUGGAAUUCCUGUUCCAGUGUUUGGCAUUGUCUGUAGAAUAUGGGGUGGGAUAAUAGGGUGUGUGUGUAUGUCUGUGUGUGUAUUUGGUUUAUAUGAAAUGGGGCGGUUAAAGUAAAUGGCAGGUAUAGAAAUGAUCACAAACAAUCAUGAAAGCUAUUAGUUUUGGAUUAUAGACAUGGUAGGAUGCAAAUUU